AUGGCAAACGCAAGCGACAGAGAACCGCUGACUGGCGGCGCCUCCGCCGCAGGCGCCCAUGAGGCCGCCAAGCCCUGGUUCUACUUCUUUCUUGGGAGUUGCACUUGCAACGUGUUACUGUUGAUGGCGGUCGGCUACCUCCUGUGGUAUGCUAUGUUCAGACCGCCGAGCACCAGCGUCUGCAUGCAGGAUUACUACGAGAAUCUCGAGAGUGUCCGGGCAAACGUCUCGGCCGUCGUCGCAGAAAAGUCUUUGGCGAAUGCGUCCCAGGCGAAGACUGACUGCUUCUUGGCGAAGUACAAGACCAUCACUUUCGAGCUUGCGAACUAUUCUGACGAUCCAGUCGCUUACCAGUGGAAGAUGCAGAUUGGGAGUAAGGAGCAGAUGUCGGAAGUCUUCGCCGAGCGCCGGCACAUGAUGCACUUUGGCACGUUCGCAAGCUUCUGGCUAGGGCAAGAGUUCUUGACUGUGAUGCCCGUGCCUCGCAUCGCAGAUUGUUUGGCCAGGUACUCGCGUUACUAUCCCGGUGAAGUUCAGGAGGAGCUGAUGCAGGUGGAUCUUCGAGAGACGUCCAUGAUGGUCACGAUGGUGAAAAUGCCAGAGUGCAUCGAUGAGAUGGUUGACACGUACCGCUUCGAGAACUACGAGAAGUAUUACUACUAUGCCAGCAAUGUGAAAGACACCGCCCGGAUGCACAAGGCUUCCGAAGAGGAGUGCGAGAC